AGGAGAGAGGAGGCUGAAGAAGAAAACCGUGGUGCCAACGAAGAGGAAGUGGGCAACAUUGGGGCAAAUGAAGAAGACAAUGUUGGACAUGAACGUAUCAAUGCGGCUGCAGUUGCAGAAAACAACGAUGAUGUUGCAAAUGAAGUCCAAGUUGAAAAUUAUGAUUUGGACGAUCACGUUGGACAAGUUAUAAUGGAGCGCAUCCAGUGGCCUGUACAGGACCUGCAGAGAGGCUGUGAAUGGACAACUCAGCUCAUGGAUAAUUAUACAAUUUUCUUUGGGCAUGUCUUGUCCAACAGCUUCUACCCAGUCCUGCAACGAGCCAUCGGGGUGGGCAGUGCCUUUGAAGGCUGGAGUCCCCGUGAGCAGGAUGUCGUCUACAGCGUGCUCAUCCCCAUGACUCCUCCCCGAGGCCACAGCUUCCACCUGGAGCUGGAGAGUGAAGAGCAGAGGCACGUGAGGAACUUCCGUGUCCGCGUGCAGCUGGAGUGCACCUGCAGCAGGGAGCAGCAGGCUGAGGACAUGCUGUGCUUCCUGCACCACCCCGAGGAGGAGCUGAGGAGCAAUCAGGAUCCCAGCCUCCUAGACACCCUGUGCACCGGCUCCUACCUCGACGUGCAGAAAACUGCCCGCUGGUUUUACCAGCUGGUGAGAGCAAUCUGGCCAGCUCUGCCUCAGUCGCACAACUGGCAUUUAUCGGUGAUGCCCUCCACACGCUCCUGCCAAUUCAAGGUGACCUACGGGCAGGAAAGCUUCAGGAUUGAGCUGUUCUUCGGGGUGCGGAGAGGUGACUCAGCUGUCUUUGUGUGCAGCCAGCCCAGAGAAGCCUACACAGCAAACACAACCUGGCCCGAGUCGUACGCUGUGGCAGAGGUUGAGUUCUUCCAGCACUUUGCCAGGCAGGCACCCCCUGACAGCUUGCACCUCAAAUGCCUGCAGUUCUUCACCCGUCUUCCGCUGGGCUUUGGCUUUUCCACCUACACCAUGAAGACCAUUGUCAUGCACCUGCUCAAUAUCAAAACCGUCACAGUGUGGCGCCGGAGGGACCUCCUGGAACGAAUGCUGGAUAUCAUCAGCAGCCUGUACGUAUGUGUGCGAGCAAAACGCCUCAACCACUUCAUUGUGGGCAACCAGAGGUUUCCUCGGGGCAUCAAAUUACCUGCAGAUGUUCAAAGGGCUGAGCCAUACAAUGUCCUCCAUCGCCUGGAGCAGCAGCCGGAUGCCCACACCCAUGCGCUCUAUGAGUACGACAUUCUAGAAAAGUGGUUCAAAAGAAUCCUUCUUGGUGAGGAUUGA